AUGGCUAUCGAGUCGCUCGUCCCCUUGGUAAAAGACCAGCCGAACCGCGGUCUACUCGAGUCCCUGGGUAAGAAUUCAGCGGUUCUUAUACGCCUCGAACAGGACUUCAAGGAUGUACUCGGCGGAAGGCAUAUUCGUAUUAUCUCUUUCUACGAAACGGAGAAGUCCCGCACCGCGAUCAAGAAAAACGGCCGGUGGGAACUCUCCGGACCUUUGAGAGUCUUGGUUGAUGUUUCAUCCGCGACAUGCGGCAGUAAAAACCAACACCCAAUCGGCCGAUGUCACUCCGAGAUGGUGAAAUAUAGCGACCAAUAUGAUGCCCUAUAUCAACGAGUUAAAACAGCUCUACGGCCACUACUGUUGGAAGCACGAAGCACGCGUGGUAUUGUGAUUGCAGAAGCUGGAAAUAACUUAAACACCUGUGGGUGGCUCCUCGAUGACCCACAGUACAAAGACUGGAUGAACAAGCCAAGAGGUCUUUUCUGGAUCAAAGGGAAUCCCGGAGCCGGCAAAUCCGUUCUCAUGAAGUUUGCUGCUCAGAUGGCCCACAGAAAAUAUGGAGAGCUUGUGGUGUCUUUCUUUCUACACGGUCGAGGAACGCUUUUUCAGAAGACGCCAUUGGGUGUUUUCCGUGCACUGUUAAAUACCCUGCUCAAAUCAUUCCCAACCUACCUCUCUGAGCUCACUGCCCAGUUCGAGGAUCGUGAGAAACGAUUUGGAUCGUAUGAGGAAAAUAGAUGGACUUGGGGGGAAAAAGAGCUCCAAGAAUUUCUGUUCCGAGUUCUGACAAAAGGGACGAAGGCCCAUCCUGUUGUCAUUUUUGUCGACGCGCUUGACGAGACGGGUAAAGACGCUGCAAGAAGCUUGCUAUCGUACUUCAGAGAUAUUAUGAGAGACGUUGAGCGCGAUGAGGGACUGGUAAAGAUAUGUGUUUCUUCUAGACACUAUCCUAUCCUUGGCCUCGACAUCUUCCCAACUAUUUCCGUGGAAGAGCGAAAUGAUCAAGACAUUCGAUUGGUCAUUCGAAAUAGGCUCGAACAAGUCCAACCAGACUCAAAGCGUCAGCAAAUUGAAAAGGAGAUCCUGUUAAAAGCUCAAGGAGGAUUUCAAUGGGCGGUCCUAGUUUGUAAUAUGGUGAUUGAGGAGAACGACAAUGGCACCAAGGCGGACAUCCUGCAGGAAAAGCUCGUCACCAUACCGGAAGCUCUCGAUGAACUUUAUGCGAGCAUUAUGUGUAGUGUUCCGGAAACCGAAAGGCAGCAGACUGUCAAGUUGUUCCAAUGGGUCCUAUUCACAGCACGGCCGUUGUCUGCGCAAGAGCUUCGGGACGCACUUUCUAUCGAUAAGGACAUGCAGUGCAAUACCGACAUUCGAAAGCAUUCAAGUUGGUCUGACACUCUGCCUGAGUUCGAGAGGCAUGUUAAGCACCUUUCAAGGGGGCUGGUUGAAUUUCAAACCCGCGAGGUUUGGGAGCAAUAUGGUCCUGACGGGGAAGACCCCGACAGGGAGGCUCAAUUGAUCCACCAAUCAGUUGCUGACUACUUGCUCAAGAAUUUCCUUAGCCAUGUUGAACAUGACCUAAAUAUUUCUCAAUCUCCAGUCGCAGCUGGUCAUUUUCAAAUAUCGAGAUCCUGUCUCAGAUACUUGACGCUAGAGGAAGUGAUAGAAGAAGCUCAGUGGAGGCCAAGUAAACUCCGGAUAAGGUUCCAACUGGUCCCAUACGCUGUGCGGUUCCUGUUGCACCAUAUCCAGGAGGUGGAAGAAGAGGGAAUCGCCCAAUCUGAUCUCCUCUCUCUCAUUCAAUCAGAUCGACAACCAGACAUGCAGAGAAUCGGCAGUGUAUGGAGUGUGUCCGAUCCUGAUUGCAUUUACGCGCCUAUAGGCUGGCCCUUUGCUCAAGCAACCGCGCUUCAUGUUCUUAUCGCGCUGGGUUCGAAGAGCGCUUUUGACGAAUUCUUGCAGCAAGAUGAUGUGCAAUUUGACGGUAGAGACGCCGAAGGGAAUACGCCAUUACUUCUCGCGAUCAGAGAGGACAAGCAGGAUAUGGCCCUAGCGCUGCUCAAUCGGUCGAUCAUGUGGCGGCUUCAACAAAAUGAAGGCGUUGAGCAGAGCAUCAACGGUGCGAGAACCAGAGAACCGGAAAGAAGUUACCUUGUGGAUACUAACACCGAGAAUAAUGAUGGUGAAACGCCACUGACUGUUGCCAUAACAAACAAUACCAGAGAGGUGAUCCAUACAUUGCUUGAAGCAGGGGCUGACCCUAAAUAUCUUAGCCAAGAGAGCGCCCUCAUUUCCUAUACCAUUCGUAACAGGGACGAGCCUCUACUCAUGAAGCUUAUUGAGAAAAAAGUGAAACUAGAUGGGGCCGUCCAUCUCGCACUGAAAGAGAUUAAGGACAACGAGGAUCUUCUUAAACGAGUCAUAUUGGAACUUCUGCAGGCUGGAGCCAACACGACGAGGCUACCGGAAUUCGACAGGGACAAUGGAACCCAUUGCGAAGAUGAAACUGAAGAUGAAAAUGAACAUGAAACUGAUGAUGUAUAUGAUGAUGAUGAUGAUGAUGAUGAUGAUGAGGCUAUUCUCUUAGCUUCACGAAGUGGACAAACAGCGAUUGUGAAUCUUCUUCUUUUGUACGGCGUUUCAGCAACUUCUCAGAAUCUGAAUGCGGACUUUCCAUUAUAUGUUGCUGUGGAAAAUGGUCAUAGGGAAAUCGUUGAAAUCUUGCUCCAGAAAGAGCCUGCCGCAGUUGAGAUGGAAGGAAGAUAUGGUCAGCGAGCCCUAGUCGUGGCAAUAGAUCACGAUGAGAUUGAGAUCGCCAAACUACUUGUUCAGCAAGGGAGAUUUCAACAGUCGAGUGCAACGCUGCUGAAAGGCCUUUCUAGGGCCAUUGAAAAGGACAUGCCGGAUUUGGUGGAAAUUAUCCUACGAAAAGAUGAGAGCUUGGUAGACAAAGUGUUCGCCUCAAAUAGAUGCGGAGCAGUUGUCAAUCGACUCCUUAAGGCAGGGAUUGACCCGGAGUUCAAUGGUAGCCUGAGUUGGACACCGCUGUUUCUGGCCGCGGAGAAAGGGCAUGAAGUAGUGGUUAAGGUACUUCUUGAAGCAGGAGCCACGCUAGAGGCUAAGGCUGGCAGGAGUGAGACACCACUAUCCCGUGCAGCACGGAAUGGGCGUGAGGCUGUGGUUAAGCUGCUUCUUCAGACUGGCGCCAAUCCAGAGACAAAGGAUAUCUAUAAUAAGACGCCACUAUUUUUGGCAGCAGAGAGCGGGCAUGAAGCAGUGGUUAAGCUGCUUCUUCAAGCUGGCGCCAACCUAGAGUCAAAGGGUAGCUGGUUGGAUCACACACCACUAUCACGUGCAGCAUUGAAUGGGUACCCAGCAGUGGUUAACCUACUCCUUGAGGCAGGUGCCAAUCCGGAGUCAAAUGAUAUCUAUAACCAGACGCCACUAUCUUGUGCAGCAGCGAAAAGGCACAAGGGAGUGGUCCAGCUACUGCUUGACGCAGGCGCUAACCCAAUGGAUAGCUCUAGAUUGGCGCGCUAUCAUGGAGCAGCAGUGAAGGGGAGUGAAGCAGUGGUCCAGCCAUUUAUUGAGUCACGCGCCAAUCCCGACGAUUGUGCUUCAAGUUUGAGUUUCCUGUUCUCGUCGUCCAUGAGUGCAUCCGGUCCUGAUCCACUUCCGAGAACCGUCCAAGAGUGA